GCUUAUUUUAUUAGUUCACUUUUGAUUUUUUAAUCUCCUCUUGUUUCAUUUUAUGGUUCUCAAAUCUAUUCCAUCAAGAAAAAAAAAAAAUCUUAAAUCUCCCAAUUACUUGGUAGCAUUAAAAAUUCCAAAGUCUAGGGCUAUCAUCACGUUUGAAUCUUUUUAUAAUCUAAAUAUAGCAUGCUAAGCAGGAAAGUAAAAUUAAUAAGUAAAAAAAAGAAAAAAUUCAACAACCCAACCCAACAGUCGGAUGUUGAAAAGACGUGCUUCCAAAUUCUUUUUUCUCCACAAAUUUUAUGAUGCAAUCACGCCUAAACUCCCUCUAUAAUAAACCGAUCAAUCCUCCCCAUUUUGCAUCCAAAAAUUCAAAACGAAAAAAUCAAUUACAAAAUAAAAAAUCCAUUUUUUUUUUCUUUCCAACUCCAAUUCCAUUGGGAUUAGGAAUCCCCACUUUCUUCAAUAUGUAACCAACAGCCCUUUUUUUUCUCUUUUUUUAAACCAAUUUUUUCUUUCUUAAUCUCUCAUUGCUUUUGUAUUUUUCUCCUUGUUUUUCCCUUUCCCAAUCUCUGAAACAAAGAGAUAACAAUCUAAUGGGAUUUGGGUCGAUUUUCAAUCGAAAGAAGAAGCAGCAUUCCCCAAUUUCAACAGCUUCUCCAGCUGACCCUCCCAUUGGGUCAUCGUUCCUUCAAUCUCCAAUGCGAACCCCAUCGAGAAAUAUUAGCCAAACCCAACUCAAAGAACUCGAAGAAGUCUUCAAAAAGUUUGACGUUAAUGGAGACGGUAAGAUCUCAUCAUCUGAACUCGGUUCCAUCAUGGGUUCCGUUGGCCGACGGCCCUCCGAAGAAGAACUCCAAAAGAUGAUCAAAGAAUUCGAUGCUGACGGUGAUGGGUUCUUAAAUUUCAAUGAAUUUGUCGAGCUGAACACCAAAGGAGUCGACUCGGACGAGGUUUUGGAGAACCUGAAGGACGCUUUCUCGGUCUAUGAUAUAGACGGGAAUGGUUCGAUUUCUGCCGAGGAACUCCAUGAGGUUCUGAAAAGCCUUGGAGACGAAUGUUCCAUCGCUGAAUGUAGGAAGAUGAUAAGUGGAAUAGACAAGGAUGGAAAUGGAAUGAUUGAUUUUGAAGAGUUUAAGGUUAUGAUGAUGGCUGGGGCCAGGUAUGAUUCCAUGGAAUCUCAGAGAGGUGUUACUGCCAAAACUGAAUGAUGAUUUUUCUCUUUGUUUGGAGGGGGCAGAGUCCUAAGGGGAGGUGGGAAAGAUGGGAUUUGAGCUCCGACCUUAAUGUCUUUUUUAAGAUUGGUUUGAUUAUUAGGCAAGCAGCUGAAGAUAAAUAAUUAAUAGCUUUGUUUUUUGAUUAUGAACCAUACAAUAUUUUGAAUACUAUUUGUAAUUAAACUAUUCAAUAGUUCAAAUUAAGAUAUGUUGCUUCAACUAUCAUACAUAGCAUAUAUAUAGAUAUUGAAAUUUGUUAUCUCUUAUUAGAUAACAUUAAAGGCUGCAUUGAAUUAUCA